GGAUGACGUUUGGAAUGUCAACCUGACAACAACAGAAAACAAAAAAUGAUACUGUAAAUGAAAUGCAUUUAAAAAAAAAGAAAACGCAAUGAAUGUUAUUAAGAUGUGAAAAUGGGUUCUUCAAAGAGACACCAUAGAGGCCUACAUCAUGCCUAAAAUAUAAUGUAUGUGUCAGGAAAAGCCAUAACGUAGAAGAAAAUACAAAAUGGGCUGGCUCACUUGUUGUCAGUGCAAGUCAAAAGACGAAAAAGUAACAGAGUUAGAUUUUUCCCGAUGUGGAAUUUCGGAUAUACCAGAUGAAGUGUACGCCAAUUCACCAACAUUAGAAGUUUUGCACCUUGAAGGGAAUAAGCUGAAAGACUUGUCCCCUCAGUUGUUCCAAUGCAUAGAUUUAAGAUACUUGAAUGUCAGUGACAAUGAGAUAAGAGCAAUACCACCUUUAGUAUCCAAAUUAACAAACCUACAAGUUUUGAUAUUCAGCAAAAAUGUUUUAGAAGGGGUGCAUCCAGGCCUAGAGAAACUAAGCAAGCUGACUGUAUUAGAUCUCAGUAUGAAUGACCUAGGAAAAGUCCCAGAUGCUAUAAUGAGCCUUAUACAUUUGCAGCAGCUCUGUUUAAAUGACACUGGAAUUGACUUUGUGCCUGCCAAUAUAGGUAGACUAUCCAACUUACGAGUCUUAGAACUUAGAGAUAAUAAUUUAUGUGAACUUCCUAAAUCUAUAAGAAGGUUGACUAAUCUGCAGAGAUUAGAUGUUAGUGAUAACAACUUGUCUAAUUUGACAGAGGUAUGUGAAUCACAUGGAAACCUAACUGAGCUCUGGAUAAAUGGAAAUAAGAUCACAGAACUCUCAGUUUCUAUCACACAUCUAAAAAAACUGAAUGAUUUUGAUGCUUCUUACAACAACUUAGACUCAGUACCAAAAGAAAUAGGGCACUGGACAAAAAUAACCAACCUGAUAUUAAGCUUCAAUAACUUAUCAUUACUUCCAAAAGCUAUUGGAAACCUGAGAAACCUUCAGGUACUAAAGCUUGAAUCAAAUUGCCUGGAAGAAUUGCCUAGCACUAUUUGUAAAUUAGUUAAUUUGGAAGAACUUAACUUACAGAACAAUUGCUUGUUGAAAUUGUCUAGUGGAAUUGGCCAUUUAAGAAAACUGGCAACAUUAAUUUUAUCUGAUAACAAACUGCAGCAGUUACCUCCAGAAAUUGGCAGUUGUUGUGAACUAUCAAUAUUGAACAUUCACAACAAUCAACUAGAGAAGUUACCAGAAGAAGUAGGGCAUCUGCAAAAUCUAACAACUCUAGGACUUAUUGGCAACAAGCUAACAUAUCUGCCCAUAACAAUAUCUAAACUAAGGAAUCUUAAAGCUCUCUGGUUAACACCAAACCAGACACAACCUUUGAUUCACCUUCAAAAUGAACAGCUUCCUGAUGGGCAGGUAGUCCUAACCUCAGUAGUGUUUCCUCAAAUGCCAAGUAGAGAUCUUCCACCUGUACAAUAUCCAUCUAGCAACCAGGUGUCCCAUAUAACAUUCAACACAGAUAGGCCAGAGAAAGAGACUAGGGAUACUAACAUUUCUCUAAGUAGAACACCUACACCACAUCACAAAGAACUUAGAAGACUCAGAGAGACUUUGAAAGGCACUCAUCUACCUAACAGACAUGCUCUUAACAUUUCCGAGAUCAAAGAGGCUAAAGUAACAUAUAUAGCAGGUGACAUGAAUGCUUCUCAAUCAAGUCUAAAUGGACACGAGACUGAAAUGGCUGAAAGCCUAUGUGACAUCACAAGCACAAGAGAAAGUAACAAGACUCCUCCAAAACAACCUCCUCCUUAUCACAUAGCGGCAGCCUACUCAAAAAACGCACAUCUAUUCGCGCAUAAUCAUAAUCCUCCAAGUCCUCAAGAUCAACCAAAGCAGUUUAGUCAACAACAGCCUACAAACAUCCAUAUGCCCACUCCUCAACUACCUAGCAAUAGAAAUCAUGUUUUACCGAUGGAUAGGAAUAUACAGACUUUGCAAAUUGAUGAGAGUAGUAAUAAAAUGAUGUCAACUGGUUCAAAUAAUACAGACGACUGUAUUCAAGGAAAACAUGUGAGAUGGCCUUUUGGGAGACAUACAGUAUGUCAAGUUAUGGAGAUUGAAAUACCCGAAUCUUACACUCCCAAUGACUUCCAGAUUGUUGUUCAAAACGAUGGAAUAUUUGUGAAGGACGUAUAUCCUCACACAGAGCUAUGCGAAAAACUACAACCAGGUGACAAAAUUUUGACGUUUGACGAGGUAGACUACAGUGUUGUUAACCCACUCGAUGCAUACCAUGACGCUUGUCAACGGAUGACAACUGUCAGAAUGAUGACAGUAUCUAGAAGGCAACCUCCCUAAAUGUUAUUUCCGAAUAUGUUAUAGUGCAAUUUUCUUCAAGUGAGAAGCUUCUAAAGGGUGGUAUUUGGCUCAUAAUGAGUCCUUAGCUCAAUGUGUUUAUAAACAUCAUUAACAUCGACUUGUUUACGGCCAAUAACAUCUAUCUGCAAAAUUGCCAAUUGUUCAGGAAAGAGUAAAGUAUGAUUCUUUAGAAUCCUAAUGCGGUAUGUGUCCGAAUAUGGUAAGAUCUUAGUUCAUUGGUUCUGGCUACUUGUUUGUAAAUAAUAUGUUACUCAUUUUCAUCGACAAUUGUACUUUGCCACAUAUUUUUCAAGAUAGGAGGUAUUGACAGGUGUUUGUCUUGCAGAUAUGAGAUUUUGAAAUCAAGUACAUUUAUUCAAAAUAAAUACAAAAUAACGAUUUUUGAAGUAGAGUGUCAUAGAAGUUAUGGCAGUCAUCAGGCAGAACCUGCUUGAGUAACUGCAAAUGUUAGAACUUUGACAUCUUAGGCUUUGAAGGUAAUUCCCUCCAAUCUUCGUCAAAUUGAAGUUUAUAACUGAUAGAUUCUGCCAUAUUAUAUUUUAAGGAGCUCAGGUCUCUAACAGUUGGUUCGUUUGUUUUUUUUACCGACGAAUACUGCUGUACCUUAGGAAGGACGGUCUUGAGUUGUCUUUGAAAAAAUAAUUCCCUAGUUUUGUUGCUUCAUAUGGGUACGGUUCGGUCCGAGCUUCCUUGGUCGCAUAAAUAUAGUUGCUUGCUAAGAUGAUGUUUCGACCCUUUAGUUUGCGUCUUUAACAAUGAAUAUCCAAGGAUCCUGAUUAUUGUUGUCCUAGAUUGACGGAUCACAGUUUCGAAGAAUACAUUCAAAUUCCAUGUCAACGGGCAUAUUGAACAAUGACAAUGAACCCUUCAAAAGAUCUUCAGUAUCAAAACUUAGUUUUGUAAAGACGAGAGCCUCGAACUCAAAAUGUCUUGGCUUUUGGAAUCAACAGCUUAGUUUGAAAUACUUUCUAAUUCGAUCUCCGUUUCAAUCGCACUGAUUCUGGUAAACAUAGCAAGCUUUUAAUUUUUUUUUUCAUGUUGAAUGGUUGAGACGUUGAUCGCUAGGUGAGCUGGUAAAAUCUUUUUUCUGUAUUACCAUGAUUUCUUAUCUUCUGGUAGCCAUGUACUAAAGCAAAGCAAUAUGGUGCUGCUGAUUCUUAGGUCUGGCUGAUAAAUAAAAUCACAUUUGCUUACAAAAGAAUCAUGCAGUACAGCAAUGAGUUCAGCUGUCUUAUAAAGAUGCUAAGAACCAACUGAAACUAUCAAAUCAUUCUAGUUAGGCAAACUUACUUUAGUUUUACGUAAAACGGAGUAGAUAUAACGCAAUUAGCGCUCCAACAACUGUAGAGCAACACAUUUUAUGUUUGUUUUUCAAAAUUACUGAUUUAUUAUAAUGCUUUGUUACCAUUAUAAACUGCUGAGAUAGAGGAAGGUAAUGUAGGUAUGUAAUACAAACAGAGCUAUUGAAAUAAUUUCUAUCUACAAUAAAAACACUGGAAAUACUCUUUCGUCAUAUAUCUCGUUUCUGCACAUGGUUUAAACGUUAAAUUAAAAUCUAUUUGCAUACAUAAAUAUAUACAGAAAUAUUUUAAGUCGUACUUUUAACUGAAAAUCGUUGCAAUGAUACACGAUAUCUCAGAUGUAAUCCAUCUUCAUUUGAUUUGAAAAAUCGCGCAAAAAUGUAUAGAUUCCUUCCAUAGGAGGAAUUUCUGUUCGAUUGAUCUUGGAAAAACGAAUCACAAAUUGGUAGAUAGGAGAUAUUGGCAGUAAACAGUCGAUAUUCCACCAGAAGAUACCCAAUUCAUUUGAGAGUCAUGCUAUAUACGUGUCGACCACCGUCUUUAAUCGCCAGCCUUGCCAACUGGGACUGUUGUCGCAGGUUAUGGGAUUUCCUUUUUCAUCAUUAAGAAUUUCUGAGAAUACGUAAUAUUAGGAAUAAUUGCGAGAGAGAUUAAGGGAUGAUGAUUCCUUGAAAGAUUAAUGUUACGUUUGAAAAUAAACAACUUUGAUAGGAAAAUGGAGUAUGCUUUUAUUACUCCUAAGAGAAUUGCGAUUCUACUGUGUGAUGAUACGAGUCCAAAGCAAACAUGCAAAUACAGCAUAGGAUUGGGCAUCUUCUUAGAUUAUAUAUAUGAUUGUUUAUUAAUCAUGCCCAAAAAAUUGAGAGUCCUCCGCGUGUUUUGAAACACGGUAACACUUUUAAAUUUCGGAAGUAAUUACAUUGUUGCAAUGUUUCCAAGUUUUCAAAUUUUUGUACGAGAUGUUUAUUGAUAUGACAACGAAAUAUAUUGAUAUUACAUUUUUGAAAUAUUCUGAGUGUUUAAAUUCCUAUAUAUGUAAUGUUGAUUGUAAUUUCAAACCCUUAUUGCAGCAUGUACACUUUUUAUAGAUGUAAGAUCUCAAUGUUUCCAUUUUUAUGUAAUCAGUGUUUGAAAUUAAGUUAUGUUGUAUAAAAAUAAUUUAUUCUAAAAUAUUUAUAACAAUUUGUUACACAGGUGUUAUAUAUUUCAUUACGUUGGUGCCAAUAUAAUCAAAAUACGUAAUUUAAAUCUUAGGUAAGAGACUUUUUUGUAUAUUUUGAAAAAUUUUCUUUCCCAAAUUGUCCACAAAAUUUUAGUGAGACAGUUAAGUUAUUCCGAGUCAUUUGACAAAACAUCAGUCACUCAACGACUGUGACAUUAUUGGUAAAACACAAAAAAUGCAUUCAAGAAAAGUGUCUCGGUAGUUAGUGAGUGAGGAUGAUGUUUAUCAAAUUACUGAUAUUGCACUCUCUAGAACGUUUUGUUGUGAAAAACAUUUUGAUGCCCUGGUGCCUUAUUUUAAAUGUUCGUUUUCUGGUUACCCCUCCCUUGUUAUUCGCAUUUUUUACUGUAUACUGGGAUGUAUAAGCUAUUUAAUCCAUUUACCUCAUAUUUGCUAACCUAGUUUUAAGUAAAAGGCUGUGAUCUUCCUAAUACAUUUGAAUCGGUCAUUUCAAAAACCACUUCUUAACCCAUAUUUGAUUAGAAUAAUGGAGAAUAUGACUAUUUACUUUGAAGGCACACACGCACACACACUUUGAAGAUAUUAAAAUAAAAUAUGCAAAAUUAAAAGAUGUGACACGUUAAUAAGUUAAUGUAUUACAGUAAUUCUCAAUAAUAAUGCAUAAAACAUAUCCCUUAAAACUUUAUUUAUGAAUGAUUAGCUUUUGAAAAAUUCAUAUUGUGUGAAUGAUGAGGUUUUUGAAAUGCCGAUUCAUUUAGUGUAUUAAGUAGUUUCUGUAGUACUUGAAUUUUCCAAGAUGUUCACAAGUGAAGGCAAUUUUUAAAAGUAUGUUCACUUAUGUACAAAUAAUGGAUCAACUUUAUUUAUUAAUAUUAAUAAUUUAGAAGUCAUUUAUAGAGUCAGUAUUAGGUAUGCUGCAAGACUGAUUUUGGAUUAAAACUUUGCCCAAAUAACAGGUUCUAUUGAUCUAUUUAGUUAUGUGUUUUAAACCAUCUUAGAUAUUAGCUUAAUUUUUCUCAGUAGCAAUCUGUACUGUGUUAAAAUAUAUCUAAUGUUUGACUGGAUUAUAUAUUUAUAUACUUUUCUAAUAAAAGUUAUUGUAAUUGACGACCA